CGCGCGCCAGCCAGGGCUGCUGUCUGCUGCGGGGACGAGCCGGGCGCGGCGGCGGCGACUGCUGCUGCUGCUGCUGCCUUCCUUCGGGGCUGGGGCGCGCCCGGCCGGAGCCUUCCGCGAUCGCCCACCCAGAGCCGGGCAGAGCGCGGCGAGCUAGCCCGGAGCGGGGCGGGUCAGGAUCAGGAAGCGGCCGCCGCAGCAACUCCGCCCCGCUGCCACCUGCCUCCUGGCGCGUAUAAAGAGGCCGCCGCGGCCCGCCUUGCCUCGGCCUGAUGGAGACGCGCGCGGCGGCGGCGGCGGCAGCGGGAGCAGCCAGGAUGGUGGCGGCGAUGGCGGCGCCGGGAGCCACGGCAGCCGCGCCAAGGAUGCAGAAGGAGCAGCGGAGAGCAGCCGGGUCCUGGGUGUGACUGAGGAGGAGCAGAACCAGCCGGGAGAAAAAGAUGGACUUGGACAGCAUCCCCACGGCUGCCCUGGGGUUUCCUGGCUGGAGGGAGCCUCUGCCCUUUGCUAGACGCCCCAGCAUACAGGAGGAGCCUGGCCAGAGCUCUGCUUUUGAAAGCGGCUACCUCAGCCUGAAGGCCCCGAGCCCAGAAGAGUGCCGGGCCUCUGGGGGCACCAUGGCAGACCUGGAAGCUCCGUGGAGCUCUUCGGAGCAGGACCACACGGAGAUGCAGAUGAAAGUGGACUUCUUCCGUAAACUGGGCUACUCAUCGGGAGAGAUCUUGGUGGUUCUCCAGAAGCACGGCUUGAAUGCGGACACCAACACCGUCCUUGGGGAGCUGGUCAAGCACGGGAUGGCCGUGGUGGAGAGGGACCCUGCUGACCCCCCACAGGAAGCUCCCGAGACCCCGCUCGUCCCUCGCGGAGGCAUGGCCAACAAGGGCCCAGCACCCACUGUGGCUGCAGAGGGGAAGGAAGGAGAGAAUCUCCGCCCCAUCGUCAUCGAUGGAAGCAACGUGGCCAUGAGCCACGGUGACAAGGACGUCUUCUCCUGCCGCGGCAUUCUGCUGGCUGUGAACUGGUUCCUCGACAGAGGACACACGGACAUCACCGUCUUCGUGCCGUCCUGGAGAAAGGAGCAGCCGCGGCCAGAUGUUCCCAUUGCAGACCAGCACAUCCUCCACCAGCUGGAGAAGAAGAAGAUCCUGGUCUUCACACCCUCCCGGCGUGUGGGGGGCAAACGUGUGGUCUGUUACGACGACCGCUUCAUCGUGAAGCUCGCCUACGAGUCGGACGGCAUCGUAGUCUCCAACGACGUGUACCGCGACCUGCAGACAGAGCGGCCUGAGUGGAAGAAGUUCAUUGAGGAGCGCUUGCUGAUGUACUCAUUUGCCAAUGACAAGUUCAUGCCUCCUGAGGACCCCCUCGGGCGCCACGGCCCCAGCCUGGACAACUUUCUGAGGAAGAAGCCGGUGGUGUUGGAGCACAAGAAGCAGCAGUGCCCUUACGGGAAGAAGUGCACCUACGGCAUCAAGUGCAAGUUCUACCACCCUGAGCGGCUCAACCAGACGCAGCGUUCUGUGGCCGACGAGCUCCGUGCCAACGCGCGGCUCUCUCCGACCAGGAGCGCCGCCAAGGAGGAGAGGCUCAGCCGGCGGCCCUGCCCAGCGGAGUUCCUGGGCCCCCCCGGGGCUGGCGAGGGCGACAAGGCAUCCUUGCCGAUGGCCGCGGAGAAGAAGGGCAGCUCUGGCCCCAAAGCCAAGCCUGGGGACCUGCCCCCGCUCCUGACCCCGGGGCCCCCUGCUAGCAGCAGUGGCAGCUACAGGCCUCCGGAUUGGUACCAGCCGCCCCCCAUGUCUCCCCACAUGGACUCGCUGCCUUACGACUCGGGCAUCGGCUCCCUCGAGAGCCAGUUCUCGGAGAUGUGGCCCGGCCCUGGGGCCAGCCACAGCGCACACUCCCACCCAGAGCACCUGGCCAUGGGCCACCCCCGCCGGGGGCAGAGGCCUCCCUACCAGCCCCCUCCUGGCCCGGAACCCAACAGUUACGCUCACUACCAGCCCCGUGGCUACCGCAAGCCUGCCUCAGCCACUGGGUCUGGCGCCAGCUACUUGCCCUAUGGCCCAGAGGCCUCCCCCAGCAGAGCCGCCCACUCCUUCCCUGGGUACAGCCUGCCUGCUGAUGCCAGCACGCCUCUGGGCCACGGGCGGAGGUACUGGUCCGAGCCCUACCAGCCCGCCCCUGCGGGGCACCAAGAGCUGCCCCGAGCCCCCCAGGUGGCCUACGGAGACUCCUGCCAGUGGGCCACCACGCCGGACCGCUUUGCUGAGGAGCGGGCCAAGGUGCACGUCAAGCUGUGUGGGAUCUUCCACCCUCACCUGGUGGAUGCCGUCAUGAGCCGCUUCCCUCAGCUCCUGGACCCCCAGCAGCUGGCCGCCGAAAUCCUCACCUACAAGAACCAGAACCCCAGGGUCUGAAGCAGGGAAGGGGCGAAGGAGGACCCUGACUUGCUCCUGGGCUCCUGCCCGAGGGAACGUCUCCUAGGAAGCCGGUGUCCCCAUCCUUGGCAAGGGCCGUCCUGCCCUUUCCCUCCGCUGGGUCAGCUGACUGGUCCCGUGAGGUUCUUCCCGGCCAGGGCCCUUGGCAUUGGGCAGAUCUGAUCGCUUCUGGGGGCUGAGAAAAUGCUCAGCUUCCCCUUUAAACAAAAAAGGCUUCUUCUUGCCUCUGUGCCUCCAAAGUGACACUGGAAGCCUUGGCAGGUGCCAGGUCCUCGCAAGCAAGCAGUGGGGGGGUGGACCUGAGGAGGAUUUCUUCACCCCCACUCCCAGGGUCAGGGCUGUGGGGCUGCCGUGCUUGGCCCAGCUUCUGAUCUCCCCAUUGUUCGGCUCUGUAGGCUAAUCCAGCACAUGGCCUCCUCGACACAGCCGAGUCCGUUGCUGAACAUCGCUUUUCUCGGUUCCUUCUCUAAGCUUCAGAGACCAGGCGGUUCUCUGCUGUGCUUGCUGAGGGGCCUCUGCUGAUCAGCCAGCCUUACUUGCAGCCCGUCUACCGGGGGAGAGCGGAAAGAGUGCUCUCCACCUGCGGAAGGUGCCGCACAGUUGGCCAGAGACAAAGGGGCUCAUGGGCCACGUUUGAGCAUCGUCAUAAGCACGCCCUCAGGCGCCGUUCUUUCGUUCAGAAAGCAGCUGUGUUAAAAAGACAGUUCGCAAGAUGUUGUUGAUGCGUGAAGUUGGGACACCUGUGGUCCCGAGGCGCCCUGCCGGCCAGGCGGCCUCUCUUGCUCUCAGGAAGAGGCUUCCUGGCUCUGGCAAAGCAGUCCUGAGUACUGCCCGCUCAGCGGGCCUCCCGUCACUCCGGGAUCCGAACCCGCCCCUGGACCCAGGGGCAGAGAGGUGCCUCUCUCAUGAAGGGAGGAGGCUGUAUGCUGCAAGUGUGUCCUCCUUCGGUAAUGGCUCAGUCUUGGUGACUGGUGAGUCCAACUGUAAUGGUUACAUUGAUACGUUCGGUAAUGAAUUUGUAGCAAUUGAUUCUGGUUCCUGCCUUUUUGCAAAAAAAAAAAAGGGGGGGGGUGAUUCCCUUGCAGGCCAGGAGCAGUUGGUGUGUUGAUGCAUAUUGUAUCCCUCCGUAUACGUUUAAUGUAUUCUCUUAUUAAGUGGUCCAGCUCAUGGUUGAAGCUGGGGCUGUCCCUGGUGCCGGGCGAGGGAGACCAGAGCCGGGGGGGCCCCCGAGCGCCUGGGAGGCUGUGCUUUGGGGCGCUGCUGUGGCCACCCCUCCCCUCUCCCGCGCGCCACGGGACGGACCAGCCACGCUAGCACUGUGUGCUGCGGAAACCACCUGGACACCCAAAACCCUGUAUGCCUGGUUAAUGAUGAUGCAUCACAGAAUUGUGAUGUUUCAUAUUAGUAAGCAAAAUGCUUCUUAACGACUCUUUGUAAACUUAUACCUUUGCACAUUUUGUAAAAUAAGGAGAGAUGGUUUUUAAUGGUUUGGUAUUGUACACAGUUGUAGAUAUAGAUUCUCUUUUAUUUUGCCUUGAAUUUGGCUUGUCCCAGUUCAGGUUGGCGUCUCUUCAUUGGAGGCUGUUUUUUUAAAAACAAAAAAAACCCCUAGAUCAGCAAACACCUCGUGGAACUGGCCGUAUCCUUUUUUAGAAUCUCUCCCUAACCACCAGCACCCGGCGUGCGCUCUCUCUCUCUCUCUCUCUCUCUCUCUCUCUCUCUCUCUCUCUCUCUCUCAGCACUGAGGACCGUUGUGGCACAAAUAAAAGGCCUGGUUCCUCACGUG